AUUCACUCGAACCUACUGAAAUCCGUUGACGACAAGGAGAAUAAGAAUGAGGCUCACCAAGCUGCACUUGCAUUAGGGAUCAAAAAGUGGCCGAGUGGCGAGCUGGUUACAAUUUCACUCACCAAACUGCCAAACUGCUUAACUGCCUAACUGCCUGACCUAAAACACUUCAGCCUCCAAACGGUGACGAACCCCGUUGGGUACCUCAGCUCCUCAUACCUACGGGCUUUAGGUACUUCUGUUCUGCCUCUUACGACUAUAGACAUCAACACGUAUGCCACAUCAAACGCGCCUGUUUCUAUGUCCCUAUUCAACUUGUAUAGCUGUGCGGGCGCCAUCCUUGAUCAAACUACCAACCUAGAGAAACUCAACCUCCACAUGUGCGGUGGCAUUCAGCACGGAGCCCCUAUCCCGACCUUUCCAAAACUCAAGACCGUACGUAUCACACACAACAGACUCAAUGAGAAGGACCUUGAAGGACUCCUUUCUUCUUGCACUGGUCUACGCACCUUCGUCUUCGAGGCUACAUACCCUUACUAUAUCCCCAUUGCCAACCUCGAGGUGCGACAAGCAUCUGCAGAUGCGGCAGCCGCGAGCCCUCAACCUAACUGCAUGUCCGGUGGCUCGAUCGCCGGUAUCGUUAUCGGCUGCAUCGCAGGGACACUAUUCUUCGUCUGGCUCUGGAGUGCACUCCGGAGGAACACAACCGAUGAGGGGUACAAGCAUGGCGCUGUAGCGACCUCGUCGCGGCCAUACGACGGAAGGAGGCGGCGCAGGAGGCACUCGAGCGCUGGAGGUCGACCAGUGAGCCGGUCAUACAGCACUUACGAGACGACUGAGAGGCCGGCAAGGGUGGUUUAUCGGAACUAA